AUGGAGACUAAAAUCAGACAAGCUGCACAGGAGUGGGAGGUCCCGGCAAGCUUUGACUGGAGCUCCGAGACCUUCGACAACUACGGAGUCCAUGAGAAAAGGAUGCAUGGACCCUACAAGUAUAUCCGUGACAGAUUGGACUUCGAACAUCAUGGUUGCUACGAUUUAGAGCGGCAAAAGUUCCAGGAUACUAUCAUUGCACACAUCGUUGGCAGUGGACCAAGAGAGCCUCACCCGUGGAUCAUUUUCACCGCGGGCUCCUUCUUCGCGGGGAAAUCCUGGGUGGCCUCAUGGCUCUUGGAACAAGGUCACUUACCUUUGCAGGUCGUGCGGACUGAUCCUGACCUGAUUCGGACGCAACUACCUGAAUGGACAGGGUAUUUGAAGCGAGAUAGUUCACAAGCAGCUGUCAUGACGCAAAGGGAAGCCGGGACUUGCGGCCUCAUUGCACAAUGGGAAGCCAUGCGCCAGGGGCGCCACAUCUUGGUGGACGGCUCUUUGCGGAAUGCUGCCCGACAGAGAGCAUUCUUCGCUGAGAUUCGAGCAGCCCAUCCAGAGUAUAGAAUAGCCAUUAUUCAUGUCUUUGCAGAUUGGGAUGUGAUGGAAAGACGCUCAUCUACCAAGCGUGAGGGUGGACGUGUAACCAGCCCAAAGGCUUUGCGCACGUCCUUUGACGCAGUGACAAAUUCUGUCAGAGAAUUGGAGACUGGAUCAGACUUGACAGUUCACAUCAGCAACAACGACUCUGACUCUUCACCACGGUUGACCGGUAUGUCACGAGCAGGCGACAAAAUGACUUUGUGCACCUGGGAUGAAUUCCGGUCUGCCUUUCAGCAACCACCUGGUCCUGUGUGCUCAGUGCUGAAGGCAGUCGUGUUAGUGAUGGUGGUUACUGGCGUUGCUUGCUGCCUGCCUCUCGGCACGCUGGCUGCCAAGGUGCAGCAACUGAAAUGGUUUCCAUUCUUCUAG